UUGCUUGAGUGGUGUUUUUCUCGUCACCUUGUGUACAACUGCGGGCGCACCGGAGGAAGGACGAGAAGUUUUCUUGUUGUUGUUUGUUUUUUUAAAUUGAGAGCUUCGUCUUCUCCUCAUCGCCAUGGAAGCUCCGCCGCAUUUCUCCAGGGAGGAAAUCAACAAAACGGUGUGGGAAGUGCCGGAGAAAUACACGCGGCUCAAACAGAUCGGAACCGGAGCGUACGGCUGUGUGUGCUCAUCAAUCAAUGAGAAGACGAAAGAGAAAGUGGCCAUCAAGAAGCUCCACAGGCCUUUCCAGUCAGAGAUCUUCGCUAAGAGGGCCUACCGGGAACUCCGACUGCUAAAGCACAUGAAGCACGAAAAUGUGAUAGGACUUCUUGAUGUCUUUACGUCUGCUUCAAGCUUGGAUGACUUCCAAGACUUUUACUUGGUGAUGCCUUACAUGUUUACUGACCUGUCAAAGGUACGAGGUCAUCUCUCAGAAGACAAAGUCCAGUUUCUUGUCUAUCAGAUGCUCUGUGGACUCAGGUACAUUCACAAGGCCGGCAUCAUCCACAGGGAUCUGAAGCCUGGAAACUUGGCUGUAAACCAGGACUGUGAACUGAAGAUCUUGGACUUCGGGUUGGCUCGCAGUACUGAUGCUGAGAUGACGGGCUACGUGGUGACGCGUUGGUACCGGGCCCCAGAGGUCAUUCUGAACUGGAUGCACUACACCCAGACUGUGGACAUCUGGUCUGUUGGCUGUAUCAUGGCAGAAAUGAUAAAUGGAAAAACCCUUUUUAAAGGGAAAGAUUAUAUGGACCAGCUGACUCAGAUCAUGAAAGUAACUGGAGUACCUGGACUAGAAUUUAUCCAGAAGCUAGACAGUCCAGAGGCAAAAAGUUAUGUGAAGGCUCUUCCUCGCUAUCCCAGAAAAGACUUCUCACUAUUGUUCCCCAGAGCCAGUUCAAAAGGUGUUGACCUGUUGGAGAAGAUGCUUGUUUUGGAUGGAGAUGAGAGGCAGACAGCUGAGCUGGCUCUGGAACACCCGUACUUUGACAGUCUGAGGGAUUCUGAAGACUUUCCCGAACCUAAACCCUACGAUGACAGCCAUGACAAUGCCACAAUGUCCCUGAACGAGUGGAAGCGGUUAUGUUUUAGAGAGGUGAAAAGUUUUGUGCCAUUCCCACGACGAGACUCCAAGAGGAAAAACACCCUGACGAUGUCUCAGUGAGCAAGUGAAGGUUAAACGCUGAGGCCCCGAUGCCGCACACCACCGGUGCCCAAUCAUGCAGUCACGCUUUCAUUUUUACCACAUUUCCUUUUAGGUUUUAAAUAAAGUCACCCUGCUGUAGUAAUCUACAGUGUUGUGCAAAUGUUUUAGGCACCACAGAUCCUUAUCUGUGGGAGGUGAAAACCAGUUUGAAAUGUCCCAGCAUUCCUCUUCCAACAAAAAAAAAAAUCUAAUGUCACUGUUUUUUUUUAAACAUUAUUAUUAUUUCAUUAAAUAAACCCAUUAUUUAUCUUUUUUUCUUUGCAGGUGUACGUUCUUGUAAAUACGAUCAUAUCAUGAUUCUAAAAACCUCAUUAAAUACAACCAGACUUGGAGACAAACCUAAGGGUCCCUUCACACAUAACACGAUUUAAGCCGACUAGCGCACGAAGGUGGAAUUGCAUGCCAUUCGUGACAAAUCGGAGCUGCCUCCAACGCGUCAUACAUG